CUCGACUCGCUCCGACUCGCGCAGGCGCAGCCGACCAAGCAGAAACAGGCCAGUGCGGGGUUGUCGACGCGGCAAAGGCAGUGAGUGGGACGGUGGACGGUCAGCGUCGAGGAGCUGGCAUCUGUGCAUCCGCACACUCAUCCGCAACUUGGGAAGGUCGCUGCAGAACAGCACGGUCGGUCUGAGGAGAGCAAGCGACGCGAGCAAUGGCGGCGUAUCCAGAGAGUGAGGCUGCGCAGCGAGCACUUGUUGGUGACGGAUGGGUGUUCGAGUCAGACUACGCUGAGAAGGCCGGACCCGAGUGGCUGGACGAGUCGCUGGAGCGGUGGGCCGAGCUGGAUGCCACCGUCCGCAGAGUAGGCCCGAUGGGCGACGAUGGCAGCGAGUGCAUCCCCAUCAAGGCCUUUGCCAAUGCUACGACAUGUCUUGUCUCCAUCCUCAUCCACAUCGGCGCGACGAGGACAAAGUUCAUCCGCGACGACCUCAACAUGCGGCUCGAGCAGGUGCGGACCAAGUACGCCGAGCGGGGCGAGCAGCCCGAGGAUGUGGUGAGCGCCGUCGAUGCCGACUAUGCGCUUCGCGACCCAAUCAUGCACCUCAAGCGCGGAAUCUCCUUCAUCGCGCUCAUGCUCGACAAGUUCUGCUCCACAGACUGGUCGCUCCGGGCCGCAGCCAAGGACGCGUACUCGGUCACGCUCGGCAUCCACCACGGAUGGUCGGUCCGAUCCGCCGUCAAGCUCGCCCUUUACGCGCUUCCAUCGCGCGACACGUUCCUGGAGACACUCUCGCCGGGUGACAAGGAGCAGGCCCGCGUCAAGCUCCACAAGCUCUUUGCCUACGUCUGGCCCCGGGCGCUCUUCCUCAACAGUCUCUACGCCGCCCGCGACUACGACGAUCAACUCCCCGGCGACGCAUCCGUCUCUGGCACUGCGCCUAGCAUCGAGGACUGAGAGCCUUGUCCAGACCCCCACCGCAAUCUAAAUGCGCCCCCGUAACUG